CUGCGCCCCCUUUUCCACUGCUGUCAGUUGCUUUUUGACAAAAAGGAGCUCCGCUGCUUGCUCCUUACUAUCAUUCGCUGUUACUGCGAUCGCCUUGCUGAUGCUACUAUGGCUAUUGGCGGUGUUGUUUUUGCUAUUGAUGGUGUUGCUAGUUUUAGAUUGCUCCUGCUCUGCAUCCCCCUCAUCCUCUUCUUCGGUCGUCAAGGCAGUGCUCACAGAGGAGCCCUUUUCGUACACGUCCAAAAGACAAUUCCAAAACUCGUCGUUUUCGCUGGUGAUGUUGGUAUCAACCGUGAUACGUCGUCUAUCGUCGUCAGCUGUAGUACUCGUCGUUGUUGCAGAACUAGCUGUCGUGUUACUGGCAUCAAACAACUUGGAAAAUGGACGAAAUUCAGGGGACAUAGGGGUGUCUAGCG